UAGAAAUAGAGAAUUUUGCCAGCCGCAUGUUCUUUACAUUUUUUGGUUACUGUAUUUAAUUGUCAAAAUCAAAAACAUACAGAUUGUUGCUUAGUUUGAAGUUUACAAUUAUAAUUUCAAAUUCUUCUUUGUAAUUGAAUAUGUUACGAUCUAUUUGGUAACAAAGAUUUGCUUUAGAAAUUUUAUGGACGAUAAUAUAGUAAAAUGUCAAGGGCUUUGAUAAUUCUUAAAAAUUCAAACCUUUUACAACAACUUAGCUAUACAACUUGUUUAAAACACCUAAGAAAUGAAAAGAUUAUACUGCAAAGAACUCAACCAUGUCUUAAUUUUCACUCAACGUCUCAAGUUCAAGUAGCAAGUAAAAAGCAUAGCAAGAAGAAAAUUGUAAAGCCUGUAAUCUUUAAACCGAAAAAGACAGUAAUUGAAAUUCGACAUGAUAUGACUGUUGAGAAUAUUGCAAGUUCAUGUAAUAGAACUACCGAUCAAGUAUUUGAAGCGCUCGAAAUGAUUCCUGACUCGCAGGAAUAUGAAGAUGAGCAUUCUGUUGUUUCAUAUGGUGAUAUUCAAAAAAUUAUUGGAAAAUUUGGCUUUAGAUGGAAAUUGGAAGAGAAAAAAGUUCAAAAGGAGAAAGAGAAUAAAGAUGUAGUAAAACAGCCACUACCAGAUCUUUCGGCAAUGAAAUCAAGACCACCUGUUGUUACAAUAAUGGGUCAUGUUGACCAUGGGAAGACAACACUCCUGGAUUCUCUUAGGCAUAGUCAUGUAGUCGACCAAGAAUUUGGUGGAAUCACUCAACAUAUUGGAGCUUUUUCUGUUAAGACGCCGACUGGUCAAAACAUAACUUUUCUCGAUACGCCGGGCCAUGCUGCUUUCUCUGCCAUGAGAGCACGAGGAGCAAAUGUUACAGAUAUUGUUAUUCUUGUUGUCGCUGCUGAUGAUGGAGUUAUGAAGCAAACAGAACAAUCAAUAGAAUUUACAAAUCAAGCAAACGUUCCAGUUAUUGUUGCCAUAAAUAAAAUGGAUAAACCAGAAGCAAAUGCGGAAGUAGUUAAAAACGGUUUAUUGAAGUGUGGUAUACAAGUUGAGGACCUUGGAGGUGAUGUACAGUCUAUUCCAGUCUCUGCCUUGAAAGGCACUGGGCUGAAUGAACUCCUAGAUGCGGUUUUAGUAUUAUCAGAAAUUUUAGAAUUGAAGGCUGACUAUAAUGGAUUAGUUGAAGCUAGCGUUAUUGAAUCUAAGACCCAUCCGGGAAGAGGGAAAUUAUCUACGGCUCUAAUUGAUAGAGGAACUCUAAAAAAAGGAGAUGUCCUUGUAGCGGGUACGGCUUGGUGCAAGGUUCGUGGAAUGUUUAAUGAUCAAGGACGCCCCAUUUCCAAAGCAGAACCAGGAUCUGCUGUUGAAAUAAUAGGUUGGAGAGAACUUCCACACGCGGGCGAUACUAUACUUCAGGUGAAAAAUGAGAAAAGGGCUCACGAGGUAAUACAGUUCCGAAAAUCUCUAAAAGAGGAUGAAAAAGCUUUAGAAGAUGCGAGAAUUAUUCAUGAAAAAAUGGAGCAACAUCGAAAAGAUUAUCAUGAUAAAUUAGAGGCCAAAAGGUCUGCAGGUAGAAGAGUAGGAGCUAUUUAUAAGAAAGAAAGGCGAAAGGAAACAGAGACUGAAUCUAGUGGACCCGAGCUUGCAGUCGUCAUAAAGGGGGAUGUUGACGGAUCUGUUGAGGCACUACUAGAUGCUCUGGACACCUACCAAUCUGAUCAAUGUCGACUACAUAUUAUUCAUUAUGGGGUUGGACCAAUAACAGAACAUGACGUUGAAUUAGCAAAGUCGUUCAACGGAGUUAUUUACGGCUUUAAUGUCGAUUGUGUUGGUUCUGCUCAAUCUUUAGCGAAUUCUUCCAAAGUCGAUGUUGAACGUCAUAAUAUAAUUUACAAGUUACUGGAUAAUAUUCGAGAUCGACUUUCGAAAAAGCUCCCUCUAAUCGAUCGGGAAGAAAUAGUUGGCCAAGCCACGGUGCUAGAAUUAUUUCGUAUAAACGAAGGGAAAAAGAAAAUUCCGGUUGCCGGAAGUCGAUGUACAAAAGGAACUUUACAAAGGAAGCUCAAUUUUCGCCUAAUAAGGAAUGAAGACCUUUUAUUAGAAGGACCUGUUCAUUCGUUAAGGCACUUUAAAAACGAAGUUGAAAGUAUAAAAACGGAUGUUGAAUGUGGAAUCAGGUUUGAAGACUUUUUUAUUGAACCUCAGCCUGGCGAUGACAUUAUAUGCUAUAAAGUUGUACAAGGAGAGCAAAAAUUAGAUUGGUAUUUAGAUUUUUAAAUGGAAAUAUAUUUCAAUAAUUCAGUUUGAUAAGUUAGCAAUUAUUUUUUAACGACUGAUGACCCAUUUGUUGUAAUACCUCGCGCUUUCUGAGCAAACAUUAAGCUGGCCUUCGUUUCGCUGAUAUUCUCAAUAUUUGGUGCAACGUUAACAAUCAAGGCCGUUUUUGAGUUACCGCCUAAACACUCCUUAAGAACAAAUGUUAAUCUAGAGUUUCUAUAGGGAACAUGAGAAUUUUUCCCUCUUAGUGCAUAAAUUACAUCACCAAGGCAAGUUAAAGAGUAGUUAAUGGCAAUGGCUUCUCUGAUUCGGUCGUUCUCUUUACCCUCCGAUUGGGAAGUGAGACGCUCUGAACCAGCAAGAUCAACAAGAUAUAAUACACCUUUCGAUGUUAAAUUUGAAAAUUUGUUCUUUCCUUCAACUGUAAUCGUAAGUAUUUGAUGCGACCUUGACGAAGCUUCGUUCAUAAGAGUAGAAGCCACAGCUCGUUUACUUUUUCCUUUAGUAAAUAUCUAAAAAAAGAUUUCCAGCUAG